AUGCUGGAGAGAGGUCGACACACACUGGAAACAACAGUGGAGAAGUUGUUGCUGAGUGUGAAUGUCACCCCCGACUGUGAGAUUGAGGCACACCUGAGCGGGGCGGAGAGGGAUGUGAGUGACAAGUUAACCCUGGGCACCCGCAUAGUGGGAAUUGAUGGGCAAACUGUCACAGAUAGUGGCGAGCUGCGAGAGCUGUUGCUUUCGCGGGACAGUGCGUCGCAAGUGACAGUGAGCUAUGAAAAGGAGGACGAUGCAGUGGAACGAGUCAACAUCAGUGGGAGUGUAAGGUUCGAUGGCGUGACAUCCGCCAUCGCUCCCCAGCGUCCACGUGACGCCGUGCUGGAUCAUCUCAUCCAAGAACCGGCACUGGAUUCUGCGCCAAAGCAGAAAGGUACGUCGCUACAGUCGCUACAAGAGUCGUCUCCAACUAGGGGUUCGCUCGGCACAACGCCAAGAAGCAGUGGCUGCAACCGCAGCGACCACUUCGCUGCGAGGGCCGAUGGAGAAGAAGACUCUGUUUCGGUUGCCUCCUUCAGCGAGUUCACAACGGAGCUCAGAAAAAACGAGCAGCGCAAUACGUCAGACCCUGCGAAGACUCCAGCUAGUACAGAUACACCGGCGCUCUUGGAGUUCGAUAAACUAGACAUGCCAGCACGCACGGCGGAAGUGUCUAAGCCAGCCAUGUCACUGUUGGGGGAAGUGUCGCCGGAGUGCUCGGUGCGGCAGCGGAUUAUGCGUGCCAUAAGCGCUGUCGGUGUUGGUGCAUGUGUCAUUUGCGUCUGUCAGGAUGUGAAUCCAAUCGCCGAGAUUGAGCUCGUCGCCAUGACGUUGCAGGUUUCCGUUAUUGCAGUCAACCUCGGGGUGAAACUGCGCUUCCGACCGAAGCCAGAGGCAUUUGCCGAGCAGUUCAAGGCUGCCAUGAAGGAGGGGGCGUGGUUUGUUAUUGUGAACGCUCACAAGUCGAUUGGAACCUGUCGUGUACUUGAGGAGCUCGUGAAGGACGCGGAGAGCCGCAACUUUGAGGGAUUUAGCCCGGCCGCGAGGAUCAUUAUUUGCCUGGAGCCGCACCCGCACUUUCCGCGCUAUCUCAUUAAGCGAGCUGAAGUGACAGGGAUACAGAGCUCACUCUCGGGCUCGUCUUCACAGCUAUCGAUGUCUGUCUCGCGCAAUCGGCUUGUGACAGCCGAGUCGAUGUGCUCGCGGCGCACCUCCGCUGUCGGCGUCCUGCACGUGCCUGCAUCAGGCGUGGGUGCCAGUAGUGAUAGCGGUAGUGGCACUAAACCUAAGCGGCGCGUGCGCAUUAGCGCUGCUGUGGAUGUGGUGGACAUUGCCCCACGUGAGGUGGUGGCGCCGCCGCGCGAACGUUCCUUCCUCAUCAGUGGAAGCGUUGCCCUCCGCGCCGCCUUCACGGGCGUGCCGAACGACAAGUUUCUUUGUGUGUCCACCGCUGGCGAAGCCGGGCGUUUUGCAGUGGGCUCGUCGAUGGGCAACGUGUACUUUGUCGACGAGCUCGGUAACUCCCUCAUGCAGGCGCACGCCCACGAGGCCUCUAUCUGGGACCUCAGCUUUAACGACAAGUACCACUUCGCGACCGGCUGUGAGGACGGCACCUCCAUCGAGUGGGCCUUCGAGCUUGGCGGCCCCGAUGGCGCGUUGCUCGCCCCAUCCUCGUUGGCAACGCUGGGCAACGACGUGUACUGUCUGACGUACCUGCGCGGGAAGCCAGAAGCCCCGCUGCUCAUUGGUGGCCUCAGUUGCAAACUGAUGGUGCACAGCGCGAACGGGGUAGAUCAGUGUGUCUCCAUCUCUUCCAACGCGCAGGUGAUGGACUGCUUCUCCGAGAGCCCCAUUGUGCUGGUGGGUGGCAGCGACGGCUCUGUGGCGGCGGUCGAUGCCAUGACUGCCACAGUGGUGACGAGCUUCAAGGAGCACUUGCGCAAGUUGCCGGCGCUGACAAUCCACGACGAGAGUAACUUUUUCACUGGCUCGUUCGACAGCACGAUUCUCUCCUGGGACUACCGCGCUCCGCCGUGCCCGACGGGGGAGAUCGCAACAAACGAGCUGCCACAAGCAAAUUCGACACACACAUUGAAGCUGAAGAAUUAUGUGACAGGUCUGCACGUAGACGACGUGCACCUGGCAGCGAGUGUCGGGGAGAAUUUGUAUCUCUGGGACGUGCGCAAGCUGAGCGAGGUGCUUGGAGGCUAUCCACAGGCCUGGCGCGGUCUCUCGCGCGGCAUACGUGUUCAUAGCGCCGGCCAGUGCGUUGUGACUGCUUCACAGGAUGGCUACGUGCGUUUCUGGAGCUUUGUGUAG